AUGUUACAGUUCCUCAGAUUGAUCGCUUUAGUAUCGCUUAUUGCUCCCUGGGGGGUAACUUGCGAGGACUCAGAAGACGACGCUCCCCAGGAGCGGUACUUCGGAUGCCGCAGGAACGUCGACGCAAUUUGCACCGCCAGUACGGAAGACGCUCACCAACAAAAUCGUGCGUGA